AUGUCAUCGACGCACAAGCGCGCUGUCGCCGACGAACCGGUCACGAGCGUCUUGCCUGGCGGUGAUGUGCCGUACGACGCAUCCCGUGAGUUCAAUGCGGAUGAAGAAGUGCUGGCGGCGUUGGGAUACAAGAGUGAAUUCAAGAGAGAGUUCAGUCUGUUCACGACGUUCUGCGUGAGUUUUGCAGUGCUUGGGUUGCUGCCGAGUUUCGCAAGUACACUGUACUAUGGCAUGGGAUAUGCGGGAACCGCUGGCAUGACCUGGGGGUGGAUCAUAGCCAUGAUCGGGAUUCAAUGUGUUGCAUGCAGUAUGGCAGAGUUGUGUAGCUCCAUGCCGACAAGUGGAGGACUGUACUACGCGUCCGCAGUUCUUGCGCCUUCGGGCUGGGGACCGUUCGCUGCCUGGAUUACAGGCUGGAGUAACUGGCUCUCUCAAGUUACGGCAGCGCCGUCCGUCAAUUACGGCAUCUCUGCCAUGAUCCUCGCUGCAGCCUCCAUCCGCGAUCCGACCUAUGUCCCAACAAAUUACCAGACAUUCCUUCUCACCGUCUUCAUUAUGAUUCUGCACGCCAUCAUGUCUUCUCUCCCAACACGGUGGCUCGCGCAAAUUAACUCCGGCGGUUCCAUGUUCAACUUCAUUGCCCUCGUCGUCGUCAUCAUCUUGAUUCCGGCUGGCACCGACCGCGAAGACCGCGGUCUCCCCAAGUUCACACCCUCCCGCGAAGUCUGGGGCACCAUCUACGAAGGCACAUCCUUCCCACCGGGCAUCUCCGUACUGAUGAGUUUCAUCGGUGUGAUCUGGACCAUGAGUGGCUACGAUAGCCCAUUCCAUCUCGCGGAAGAGUGUUCGAAUGCAAACCUCGCAGCACCUCGCGCCAUCGUGCUCACCUCGGCAACCGGCGGGAUAUUCGGAUGGUUCCUACAGCUUGUGGUCGCGUACACGGUCGUAGACAUCGACGGGGUAUUGAACUCGGACCUGGGACAACCUUUUGCUGCGUAUCUGAUGCAGUGCAUGAGUGAGAAGACGACGCUUGCCAUUCUCGCACUGACCAUUAUUGCGGGAUUCUCAAUGGGCCAGGGGUGCAUGAUCGCUGCAAGUCGAGUCACUUUUGCAUAUGCACGAGACGACUGCUUCCCGUUGAGCAAUGUCUGGAGACAGGUCAACAAGCACACGCAGACACCGGUCAACGCUGUUUGGCUCAACUGCGCGGUCGGCAUUGCUUGCCUGCUGCUCAUCUUUGGGGGCGAGCUUGCGAUAGGCGCUUUGUUUUCGAUUGGUGCGAUAGCAGCUUUUGUUGCAUUCACAAUUCCAAUCUUCAUCCGCGUCUUCUUCGUCGGCAGCCGUUUCCGCCCAGGCCCGUGGAACCUCGGACGCUUCUCGAUCCCCACGGGCACCGUCGCCUCCGCGUUCGUCAUCCUGAUGGUGCCUGUUCUAUGCUUCCCCAGCGUUACAGGCGCAGAUCUAACAGUGGAUGUGAUGAACUGGACAGUCGUCGUGUACGGAGUGCCCAUGUUGCUGGUGUGUAUAUGGUGGGUUGUGUCGGCGCGGAGGUGGUUCAAGGGGCCGAAGGUCAACGUGGCACACAUGAUGCACGGCGAGGAGCAGGAGAUUCUCGAAGGUCAGAACGUGCGGCGGUCGAUUACUUCCGAGUCGGGCAGCGGGAUGCCGGAGAAGCUGCAAAAGGUAGCGUCUCCUCCAUCACGACACGGGGAAUAA